AUGUUCUCCUCUUCGUCCCUUAUUGCUGUCCUGCUCGCUCUCGCAUGCUGCUUGGCCGUGGCCCGCGCCACCGGCGCCACCCACAGGCCCACUUUCUCCGACGCGGUUGUCCGGGCCAACACUACGGGCGACCUCUCCGGCGUGUGGUCGGUGUACGACGACAGCGGCGAGACCUACGCCGUCAAGUUCGUCCAGCAGGGCAACCAGCUGCUUCUGCCCUCGACCAAGUCGGCCAGCGUGCCGUACUCCAUCAAGGCCACCCUCUACGGCGGCUACGGCCUAGGCCAGGGCGCUCUGUGGCAAGCCAACAACCCCAACGUGUUUUGCUCCUACACGAACGUGGUGGUGGACGUGGUCGACGCGGGCUUCAUGAAGAUCACCUGGUUCCCCGACCCCCCUGUGUCCGGGUGCCGGGGAGUGGCCUCAUCAGAAGUCUUGGAGCACAAAGUCUGCCGCACGGGCGCUGAUCACGUUGGCCGUGAACGCGUUGCCGCCGCCCACCUGCGCCGCGAGCACGGACGCGUCGGCGAUCUUGAGGUUGCGCACGCCGAUCACCUUGCCUACUACGAUCAACUCUGGUGGCGCGAGGACUGGAGCACCAUCGACCCCGGCCGCUCCUACGGCGGGAUCGCGCGCUGCCCGCGGUGCCUCAAGAGCCUCUACUCGUCUAUUGAAUCGGAUGCCUACCUGAAACGCAAGACGCCCACCACCAGCGGCGGCACGCCCCACGAGGCCGUUGGCGACGCGAGGAAGAAGACUCAGUACGGGUUGCCCCGCGUCGUGCGCAUCACCCAUGCCAACAAGGACGACGUGCACUACAUUGGUCGUGCGUGGGUCAAGGGUGGCUACAAUCUGGAGGAGAGCAUGUGGCACAACCCGUACUUCAUCAAAAAGGACGCCACACCCCAAGAGCGCGAGGCAUGCCGUUUUGCCCGCGAGCUCGGGCAGCGCGUGAUAGGGGCUCUUGGUGACUCGGACAGCGAGGAGGACGACAACUUCAUCGACAUGGAGGACGGUGCCGUCGACGAGGACCACCUCAAGGACCACAUCGAGAAGGAGAUCCUCAACGUCGACUGGCAGUUUGGCCCACUGAACCCAACCUUCCGGUGGAGGUGGCCGUCGGUCGACAUCGAGUGCGAUCUACCACCGGAGAGGAAGACAAAACGGGCUUUCGCAAGCGGGGCCUGGAGAGCAUGA